UGGUUCCUCUCAAUCAAAUUGUGGCCAAGAAGGAAAAAUCCCCUCGUUACACGCGGGCAUCACCCAUCAUGUGCUCCAUAGUUCCCACACGUGUCAACUCGCAUGUCUCCACCGGAGCACCUUCUCCACACGUGUAAGGCCACGCCCGCUACCGCUACAGUCCAGGACACUUGGAAAGAACUCUUCUUUCCCCUGCCUCUUCCCUUCCCUCCACUGACUCCACUCCCCUCGUCUUCUCGAAGCUUGAGCUCUCGAUUCUCAACAAUGGCCGACCUCCAGAGACCUCCCAGACCCUUUUCGGCUCACGGCGCUUCCAUCCUCCACAAGCUGCACGAGCACGCGCCCAACUCGCCCCACCUCCUCGGGUUCCUCGCCCUCCUCGUCUCCGACGCCAUCCUGCUCCUCCUGAUCGGCCUCACCACCACCGCGGCCGUCAUGGGCCUGAUCCUCUUGGCGCCGCUGGUCAUCCUCUCGAGCCCGAUAUGGGUCCCGAUCGCCGCCGUCCUUUUCGCUGCUGUCGCCGCCGCGCUGUCCGCGUGCGGGUUCGGGGUCAUAGCGUUAGCCGGCCUGUCGUGGCUGUACAAGUACUUCAGAGGGUCCGACCCGUCGGGCUCGGGUCGGGGGGAAAAUGCCUGGGCUGGUCACGUUAAGGACUAUGCAAAGUAAAAGGCCAAAGGUGAGAGGUCUUUUGAUGCUUCUUCUCGAGAUCUUCUUCUGCGCCAUGGUUGGGUUUGUGCUUGCGCCUGUGGAAAUGAAGAAGCGCGAGGAAAUCCAGACAAAGGGACAUCAACAUCGACGUGGUCCUGUUCUUGUAAGGAAAAACCCGGAAGUGUUGUCGACAAUUGAGAAUGUGAAAGAGAGUAACUUUUGUUCUGUCUGAUGCAUCUUUUGGUCGAGUCAACUCCAAAAAGUCGAAGUCAACGGACGAGGGAGUGGCCAU